AUGUCCGUGGAUGAGGGAAAUGCGAGCGGAGAUAUAAAAUCUUCCUUCGAAGAUAGCACGGACAGUGAAAAUGAAACAGAGACGAAACCUUUGUUACGGAGGAUAUCAACCAGCAAAUGUGUUGGUAGGCUGCCGGUGGUCAGAGAGGGUUACCUGAUGAAGCAGACCCGUAGUUUUCAGCGAUGGCAGCGACGGUACUUCAAACUACGCGGUCGCACUCUCUAUUACGCAAAAGAUAAAGAGGCAACUGAGGUGGAAAAAGUAAAGUAA